GUUGUUUGUUUGACAGUGACAUUUGAGAUAAAAAUAACCAAAAUAAUUUGUUUACUUCAGUCAAUUUAAUCUGGAUUUUGGUUGAUUACUGUUAUCGGCUGGAUAUCGGAUAUCUCCAGACCGAAAGCAAAUAAUUUGGAACAUAUAUAAUCGAAAGAUUCAAUGCAAGGUUGAUAUACGAUAUUUAACAUGACUUCGAUACAAGAAAGACUACAGUUGAAAAGGGAACCUAUAGAUAAAUGGUCAAUCAGAGAACAACUAUGCUUAGCUUCAGCAGUAUCACGAAGUGGAGAUCAAAACUGGAUGUCAGUCUCUAGAUCUUUGAAACCAUUUGGGGAACCAAACAGACCCCCUGACUGGUUUCAUCAGAAGAAUUGUGCUGCACAGUAUGGAAUGCUGCUAGCCAAUGUUGAAACACCAAAGCGUAAGAAAAGAACCAGUGUUGAUUCUGGCAUUGAGACACCCGCUGAAAAUAUUCUGAAGAGGCUGCUUAUUGAGCGGCAGGCUGAACUCAAAAAAUUGCUUGCUGAGGAGAAAGCAGAGUAUCAGAAGUUACAAGAAGAUAUGAUUUUGUUGCAGUCUGGUAAAGUAUCAGAAGAACAACUGGAUAAAUGGUGCAAAGAGAUAGAUGAAGAAGAAUAUAGACGCGAGCAAGAGGGUAUAGCGCAUGCUCAGUGGCUUAAAGAGCGGGAACAAAGAAAGCAGGAGAUUGAGCGAGCAUGGAGACCUGUAAAGCACUCACAACUGCCUGCUGGUCAAAAGAGGAAGACACCUGACCAUGGCGAUGGAACUUCUGAUGAACACCAUCAGAUACAAUCGGAGGAAUUGCAGAUUCAACAGCAGCAACAGCAUAUGAACGAAACUAAACCUGCAUUGUCGCCUCUUUUGACAAGUUUGUUGAAGUCGCCUUCACAAGUUCAAGGCGGACUGCACCUUACUACAAGACAUGUUGUUUCUAAUAAUCCAAAUCCGACGAUCGCGAGUCUGCUCAAUUCUUCGCCUGGCGUGACGGUAUCACCUGGACUCCAACAACUGGUAAGCACGGCGAUCAGUCAAGAACCUCCAGCUACGCAACCAUCAACCACAGUCAAUGCUCCCAUCAUCGAAGAUGUCCACCAUGACCUUUCACAGCAGCACAUCGCCGGUAAUGAUCUGUUGGGAGAUGCCAAUUUCACCAAUAUCAAGAUAGACGAUCUGGCUAACAGUAUGCUGGUUCAGGACGGCCCUUUGCCUGAAAUAAAGAAAGAGGAGGUGGAUGAUAUCAUAUCAGAGAUCAUUGAACAUGUGCAGGAUAUAGUUGACGAUCCAGAGCAGCACUUGCAGCUAGACGGGAACGGCGAUAUCAGCAUCAAUUUAGAUCAAAUGGAAGACCUGGAGGAAGAGAUCCAAGAGGAAGAGGCGAUGGUAGCUGUACCUGCCCCUCCUCCUCCUCCACCUGUUGAGGUAUCCUCCGAGCCUGAACCACCUCCGCAAGAGCCCGCGGUGCCUCCAGCUGUUAAAGAGGAGCCCAAGAAGCAGGAGGAGAAAAAAGUGGAGAAGCCACCUGUGAUAGAUCCGUUUGAGUUCAGUGAGGAUCCCGUCAUUUUCGAAUCGCCACAGGCCAUGAAAUCUGCGAGUGGAAAACAGGAGAAUAAGCAGUACGUUCCUCAUUAUCAGCAAGAGGCAUCUUCACGAGUUCAAUCCCAACCUCAACCUCAACCAUCACCUCAACUACAACCUCAGCAGCCUAAGGAAGAAGAGUUGCAACCAAAGUCGGCUGAAACCGUUCAGCCAACAAUUGAAACUGAGGAACCAGUAUUAAUCAAAGAAGAGCCUGUUACUGAGACCAUACCUAGUGAACAGAGUGUUUCAGAUGAUAGUGUCAUUCAGAUAAAGGUGAAGGUAGAAGAGCAAAAUGACAAUAAGGAGGAGGAAGUUAACCCUGAUAAACCUUCUGCGCCUCGAGGAUCAGUGGAAAUAGUAGAGCACAAAGAAGCCGAUAGCGAAGAAGAUAGUCAAGAGUUUAAUCAAACACAAAUAGAAGAAAUCGUUCAAUCUGUUAAACCCGACAAUUUAGAGGAGAUUAAAUCUGAAAAAUUAGAUGUUGAGGAAGAAAAGAAGACAGAAAUCGAAACGGAGAGCUAUACAACUGAAAGCAAGGAUACAGCUUCAGUUGAAGAGUCUUCUGAGACUUCAGACACAUUGCCAGAAAUAAAGAAAGAACCUGUCAACUUGGAUACCCAAGAUAGUCUUGAAAUGCCCAGUACAGCCCCAGAAUUUUCUGAAGAUCUAUAUGAUGAGCUUAGCAUGGAGGUGAAAAUCGAUAAGACUGGGAAAACUAGAAGGGACUACUCAAGAACAAAGAAGAAAGAAGAUAAUAAAGAAGAUCAUGGCUUUGAUAUGCUGUUAGCAAUUGAAAAAUCACAAAUGGAAGAUACGGAGUUAACAGAAGAAACCUUGUCAGACAACACAACUGAACCAGAGAAAAAGGAGGUGAAACCACAGCUGAAGUCUGAAAAUGAAAGGUCAAGUAGUCCGUGGACUGAAGAUGAGGAUGCUGCUAAAGUUAAAAGAAGAUAUUCAACCCCUGCAACUCCCGUAGACUCUAUUCCAAAUUCGCCAGCUUCCAGUACAGCUUUCUACGAAGACGACAAAGAAUAUAAGAGUUGGAAGAAGUCCGUGAUGUUGGUGUACAGUCGACUGGCUAGCAACAAAUACGCUUCGCUUUUCUUGAAGCCUAUCACAGACGAUCAAGCUCCAGGAUACAGCAGCAUUGUCUACAGGCCAAUGGAUCUUCAAACUAUAAAGAAGAACAUAGAAAAUGGCAUUAUAAGGACUACCUUAGAGUUCAAACGUGAUGCGAUGCUGAUGUUCACAAAUGCAAUGAUGUACAACAAGACUAAAGAUACAAUAUACGACAUGGCCAAGCAAAUGCAGGAGGAGGCAAUGCAACAAUUUGAAUUCCUGAUGCAGGUUCAGGCUCAGCAGGAUGUGCCUCUAAGAAGGGAAACAAGGACCAGCGAAUCGGGUAUCAAGAGAAAACGAACCGUCACCCUCAGCGAAGACCCUAAAAAGAGAAAGAAAGAAGAUUAGCAUAGGGCAUUAUCUGUAAAUUUGGGUGAACGAUGUUUUGAUCAUAACAGUUUGUUUAAAUCUUUCAGUUUUAUUUGAAAUGGAAUUUGGUUGACUUUUGUGGAAUUUUUAUCGUUUCAGUUCUUUUCUUUUUAUUAGAUUGUGUUUAAAAUAUAUCUUUCUAAUAAAAAAAUUCAUGUCAUUCCAAUGUAAAUGAGCAUAUUUUGAUCACGAUAGUUUGAUUCAGUGUUUCAGUGUCAUUUGAAAUGUUACUAUGCUGUUUUUGUGGGGUUUUUAUGGUUUCAACUUUGUUCAAUUGAUUGGAUUAGGUUCAACAUAUAUAUCUAAAAAUGCCAUUUGGCGUUAUGUAAAUUUGAAUGAACGAUAUUUUGAUUACAAUAGUAGUUUCAAAUCUUUCAGUUGCAUUUGAAGGGGUACGGCUAGCUUUUGCCGAGUUUUUGUUGUCGCAAUUCUGUUCAAUUGGUAACAAUGUUCAACGUAUGAAAGUGACCUUUUAAUACCCAUGUUGUUUUCAAAAUUGUAUAUAGUUCUAACUAUUUGUAGGAAUUUAUUGAAUAACUACGAAUAUCCAUGUGUAUAAAUAAAUGUGCUGUAUAAAUAUAGUGUAGCUUCAUUAAAGUGUAUUCCGUUGAAUAUGGGGAUUUUAAAAUAGUAACAUAAAUAGGUAAAAGUGUUACCGCUCUAGAGCGAUAAACUGACAAAGAUGCUUGCUACUAGAUGUGAUCGGACCAAAAUAUUGCAUGGAAUUUUAAUUUUUAAUGUGACAAGUCAUAUAAAUCAUUUAAUUCCGUAACGGUUCUGGUGAUCAAUAAAGCUUUUUGAUUUGA